UACUGUGCCUGCAGCCUGGAGAAUCCUUGCCUGCUGCCCUGAAAACAGAAAGCUCUCAGUGAAGAGAGUGCGGAUCAUUACGGAUUAUAGUGGAAGGGUAAUGGAAGGAGGCGGCAGUGAAAAGUUUCCAGGAUCCGCGGCGCGGCGCGGCUGAGCGGCGCUCUGCUGCUCCGGUGGAUCAGUGGAGGUAGUUAGUGAAUGUUUCUUUGCACAGUGAUUAAGGGGGAGGACCAAUGGCAACAAAGGAGACGGAGAGGACGGUAGCUCCUCCUCUCCCUAUCUCUCUCUCUCUCCCUCUCUCUGUGUGCUUUAUAGAGGCAUAUAAUCCCUGAGUUGACCCAGAAAACAAACUCCUCUGACUGCCGAGACGCCGCAGAGUUUGAAUCCGCCGCAGGGCUGCAUGUAGCCGGAGCAUCAGCUGGAGAAACAACCCCGGCUCUGAUCCAACUUCUCCGUACGGAUUCCACAUUAAUACAUCGGGGUGACAUAGCAGCCAUGGCUGAACACAUGAUGAUGCCCAUGACCCACGGCUUCAGGAUGGGCAUGAACGGACCUCCACAGCACAACGGCCAGGCCGGCCUGCGCAGUCUGCCCAAUGGCCAGGUGAUGCACUACGGCAGGAACCCUCAGAACAACAUGGAGGCUGCCAUGAGACAGCGGCCGGGCAUGGUGGCACCUGGAGGGAUGGCCGGCCCUGUGAACGGAGCUCCCAUGGCCAACCACCACCACCAGAUGAUGUCUGGGAACAUGAUGUACAAUAGCCAGGGUCCGCAGCAGCAGCAGCACCACCACCACAUGCACCCCCAGCAGCAGCAGCAGCAGCAGCAGCAGCAGCAGCAGCAGGUCGGACACCCGCAGCAGUACCACCCUGGUAACCUCACCUCUCAGCAGCUCAUGGCCAGCAUGCACCUGCAGAAACUCAACACUCAGUACCAUGGACACCCGCUGGGCUCAGCCAACGGCCACCACAUGCCCAACGGUGCACAGUACCGGGUGGGCCCGGCCCAGCUCUCAGGCAUGCAGCACAUCGGCGCCCCUUUGGGGCUAAAUGGCAUGGACAUGGAUCUAAUUGACGAGGAGGUUCUGACUUCACUGGUGCUGGAGUUUGGGUUGGAUCGUGUUCAGGAGCUGCCCGAGCUCUUCCUGGGACAGAACGAGUUUGACUUCAUAUCGGACUUUGUGUGCAAACAGCAGCCGAGCACAGUGAGCUGUUGAGUGAAGCGGACAGAAGCUUGGUUUGGUUAGUUUGGACUGGACUGGACGCCCCAAAGAAUGACUGAGCGGUCACGGUAGCACAGCAAGAAGAGACAAUCUCUCUGUUCUGUUUGGGUGUUUCUGUGUAUAUGACAGUGUCUAGUACUCCUUCACACUGACCUGCCUGCGAGUUGAUGAGAACUGUAAUGAGAGAAAAUGCGGCAACCAGGUUUCUCUUCUUUGAGCCGGUGCCAGUAAGAUUUGUCGUCUUUGGCCAAAUUGAGGCAUCCUGAUGCAGCGGGCUCUGUCUGUACCCAUCUGGCCCUCAGCACAUGUGCCUGCAGUGCCAAGGCAUUGGGAUAAUUGUAAACUUAACAAACACAACAGGACUACUGACAAGACUACUGAAAAGACUACCCACCUGGGUCUGCUAGAUUCUGUGGCAUCUCUAAAUGUAUUUUAUCUCUGAUGACACCUUCAAAUAGUAGCAGACGUUUUACAAAUUUAUAAAAAGUAGUCCUCUGAAUUUGUUUAUACAAGGAUGAAGGGAUUAAGAACAGAUUUUUUUUUUCCUGACAAUUGGUGUGCAUAUUGAAGGCUGGCUCUUCAAAACUGAGUUCCUACAAAUAUUACACAUUUCCUUGAAGAGCAAGAGAGUGAGGUUGUGCAGCAUUCCCGGGUGACAUGAUGGGGUUUAUCUCGGAUUGGUGAAAUGUGCUACAUUGAUUCUUUCUGUGUCAUUUUACCUGACUCUGAUAUAAUCUGCAGUCAUUAAAUGUAUCGCAUCUGUUCACUGCUAAUUAACUAUGAUUGAAUCAUUGGCAAAGUAGCACAUUGCUUAGUGUUGUCUUAAACAAAGCAUUCAUCUGUAGAAAAUGGCUCGGAAGCCUCCAGGAAGGCUCCAAGUAAGACAUGAAGGUGCUCAUUUCAAGCAAAUCUUGGGUUACUGCUUAGUAGAAUUGGGGAGGGAGAAAACUGUUAGUAUAUGAGAAACACCAUAACUGUGGCCUGUUGCAAGACCCAAGAAAAGCCAAACAAAAAAGCAGCCAUCAGAGGGUGAAGGUGUUGGUCAUCUGUUUUUUCUAAAACAGGAUUGGUAAAAAAAAAAAAAAAAAAAAAAAAAACAAGUGUGCGAUUGCAGAAUUUUCAUCUGUGUGUUAUUUGUGUACGUCUGUGUGUGUGGUCAGUACAGUGAGGCAUUUAAAACCCAUCGAGUGGCGUCCUCCUCCCUAAACCAUCGCCCUGUGUGCUGGAGGUGAUUGGAGGCUGUGCGGGGAGAGAGAUUUUAAAGUGUGGGCACAGCACUCCCCGGCAGCACUUAGUUUAAUCAUUAUUUAAAGCUGCCGCUACCUGUGGCAUUGAUUUCAUUUGGCAGGAGGAGCGAGCGAGGAGCACAAAGCGUGCAAAGUUGUUGUUUUUGCCAUAGAUUAGCUUACUCUGCUGCUUUGCUACUGAUUAGAUUUAAAUUACAUGUUCUCACACGCUUGUCUUAAUUGAGGUUGGCUUGCACAUUCUCCAAUGACUCAAUAAUUAUAAAACGGACAUGUUCUGUGGCGCUUUUUUUUUUUUUUUUCCCUUUUUGCGCAGUUGGUAAUUAGGUUUUUUGUCAAGGUUGCUGCUUUGCCGCUGCAGGCUGGUUGAGGGAGAACUUCCUGCACUCGUAAGGCUAUUUGUGGAGCUGUCGGAGGGGUCAGGGCUGUGCUGGUGCACUGUGUAAAUCUGUUCCAAUACAACUGUGCUGCUGUCCCUGUCUCUCUGGAGAUCUGCCAUCUCCGAGCUCUGGAGUCAAACAAUGGGCAUUGAAACGCUGUUGUAAAGGCGGAAAAGUGCUGGCGAGUUCCCGCUCUGUUUCACUUUCUGCCUGGCAAACUGCAGCCAGACAAACUCACAACCUCACAGUUAAAAUGGAAAUACUUCUGGCCUUAGUGAAACAGUGGCCUCUGAUUACUGCUAUAUCAAUAGGCGCAGCCUUGUGUAUUGUAUCUUUGUACUGUAGACUAGAGGUGAAGUUGAUCUAGACACAUUUAAGGUACUUUCAAAAAACAUUGUCAGAUGUAAAUGUAAAUCAGUGGCUGAUUUUGAUGUGUUGACAAGAAAUUAUAUCCUACAUUUUUACAAAUGAGUGUGUAGAUACAGAAUGAGCGUACCAAUGGUUUUUGGGUGCAGGGCCUGAAGCUUUAAGACCAAGUAGACUGCAUGUUAAAGCAAGCGUGAGGGAUGCCACCACUUUCCCACAGAGCAGCCGAGAAUGUACAGUACAACACAUUGUGGGAACUUGUCUUAAGAUGGUAGAUAAACGUGUGAGAUUUGAAUGUCCUCCUCCCCCCCCAACCCCCCCACCCCCCACUUCUUUCCCACUUCCCCAAAGCUUUUAUAAUGUUAUUGAUUCUAUUUUAAGAAAAUGUAUUUAUUUUCAAAUAAAAUAUUUAUUUAAAGAAA